AUGUCGGCUCAAGAAUAUGCAGAUGGACUUGGAGGAAUUGAAUUAAACAGAAGAGAAAGGAACAGAUCAGGAACAGCUCAAAGAGAAAAGAACGGAGAAAAAGGAAAAGAAAACAGGAAAGAUGAAGAACAAUCAGGAGAAGGUAACAAGAAUUUAGGAAUUGAAGGAGGCAUUGGAGAACAAGAAGAAGAUCAAAAUGAAGAAGUAGCAAGAGACGAGAGAAUGGGUGGUAAAGGCGGUGCCAACAACUUCGACCAAUCUAAUCAACUCUUGAUAGCGUCAAACGGGACGACCAAUCCUAUAAUACAAGGAAACAUUCAAGAAAUGAGUGGUCAGGGAAUAGUAACAGGAUUAGGCAGAUCAAUUGAUAGCUCAAACAAAAAUACCCUGUUAGAGCUAACUCACCAGAAGUGGAAGCACAACAUACAUACCGCAGUUCAUAACGGAAAUAUACCUCAAUUUGAACUUUUGAAAAACGAGUACGAGAAGUGGUGUCAUAAACAUCAAACACCUGUCAGAGAUAUCGACCUCUUCGAUAUGGACUUAGACCAAGUGGAAUUGAACCCGAACCCGGUGACAACUGCGGAGAAAACGAAAGAUACCUCGAAGUCAAAGAAGGAAGUCAAUACAACAAUGGUGAUAGGAGAAAAGUUAGGAAAUCAUAUGACUAGUAGAGGAGGUUAUCAUAAUCAAGGCAACCAAUCUUGGAACAGAGGUGGUAACCAAAGCGGAGGUGGUGAUCGCCCAGCGAUAGGCCCAGGUAGCUUUAACCGUUUGAUGAUAGAAGGGAACCAGAAUAAAGGGGGAGAGAAUAAUGCUCCAACCGCAUCAGGAUCUAAGUAA